ACCAGGUAGCCUAUGUCGAAGACACGUUUUUUUGUGUGUUUAUUUCGACAUUUGGAAAACAUCUGACCGUUUAAAGAACUUUUCUUCCAGAACCAGGCACUGCAUUUCAGGAGCCAUUUCCCCCAAAAUCACCGGCUGUGACAAUGUCCCUGCUUCUUGUUGCCUCACUGCCAGUGAUGGUCAUAGCCAUACUACGCUAUGGGACAAAACUUUUAGGAUUCUGCCAAAAACUACUCACCCAAGCCAUGAAGCUCACCGGUGGGGCAGUGAGUGUAAGCAAGACCCACGCUUUCAUCUUCUCCAACUGCACUCAUGGAAAAGUAAACAGUGUGCUGGAGACUUUCCAUCUUUACAACAAGACAAAUCCUACUCUAUGCAUCGGCCAGGUGAAAGGCGACUUCCUGGAUGAGGUGGUGAGUCGUGUCGCCCCGGUGACGGUGCUGGAGCUUGGGAUGCAUUGUGGGUACUCGUCAGUGCGGAUCUUGCGUCAGCUGGGCCCUGAGGCACGCCUGCUUACUGUGGAGAAGGACCCUGAAACAGCUGACAAGGGAGAAGAAGUCAUCUUAGUAUCAGGCUUCAAACACAAGCAGUUCCAGGUGUUGGCCUGUCCAUCCUCAGAAGCUAUCGCUGGGCUAAAGGACCACCUGGGUGCUAGCCGGCAGCUGGACCUGGUUCUGAUGGACCACGGUGUGGAGCACUACCUGCCUGACCUCCAGGCCCUGGAGAGCAGCGCUGCCCUCUCCCCGGGGUGUGUGGUGCUGGUAGUGAACCACAUGCCCAGACGGGAGGGGAGAGCCUUCAUGGAGCAUGUGCAGGCCAGGCCACACCACUACACCCAGCAGAGGCAGCACAUGGAGGGGAUGAUGGAGCUAACGUGGACUGGAGCCUCAGAACUGUGAUCAAGGGGAGAGAUGGUGACGUGAAAGAAAUGACAAAGGUCUUCCUCACACUGUGACAAAGGCUUCCAAAUUAUUAUUUUUUUUGGGGGGGUGUUGGGGGGUUCAGUACCUGCUCUGGUGUGAUA